AUGGUGUCUGCUUCUCUGCCAUCUACCUUUCUCCUCACAAUAUUUCUACUUUCUAUAUCGUCUUGUAUACCUGCUUCUUCUUCCAAAUCCAGUCGGAUAGCACCCACCACCAUUGGAAAUGGCUACCGUCUGGUUUCUCUUCAAGAGUCGUCGGACGGUGGUCUCCUCGGCCACCUUCAAGUCAACCGGAAAAACAGCAUCUAUGGUCCAGAUAUCCCUCACUUGCACUUGUACAUCAAGCACGAAACAGAUGACCGUUUGAGGGUACACAUCAGCGAUGCACAACAGCAAAGAUGGGAAGUACCGUACGAUCUCUUGCCCAGAGACCGACCCUCGACACAAGCCAUCGGAAAGUCAAGGGAAAACCCCAUCACCGUCUCUGAAUUUUCCGGCGGCGAGCUAAUAUUCAGCUGCAUUGCGGACCCAUUCUCGUUCGCCGUAAAAAGAAAAUCAAACGGUCAGACCCUGUUCAACUCCACCGCGGACAAAUCCGCUCCCUACAAUUCGUUAGUGUUCAAGGACCAAUACCUGGAGAUAUCAACAUCUCUGCCGUCGGAUGCGUCGUUAUACGGGCUAGGUGAGAACUCACAACCUCACGGGAUAAAACUGUACCCGAACGAUCCGUACACGUUGUGGACGACGGAUCAAUCGGCGAUCAAUUUGAAUAUGGAUUUGUACGGUUCGCAUCCGGUGUACAUGGAUUUGAGGAAUGUGGGUGGGGAAGCUUACGCACAUGGUGUUCUGCUGUUAAACAGUAAUGGGAUGGAUGUGUUUUACAGAGGGAGUUCACUGACGUAUAAGGUGAUUGGGGGUGUUAUGGACUUUUACUUCUUCUCCGGGCCGUCGCCGCUGAAUGUGGUGGAUCAGUACACUCAGCUCAUCGGACGGCCUGCUCCGAUGCCAUAUUGGUCCCUCGGAUUUCACCAGUGUAGAUGGGGUUACCACAAUCUAUCGGUUGUUGAAGACGUGGUAGAGAAUUAUAACAAGGCCAACAUCCCGCUCGACGUUAUUUGGAACGACGACGAUCACAUGGACGGUCACAAAGACUUCACCCUCAACCCCAACGCUUACCCGCGCCCCAAACUGCUCGAUUUCUUGAGCAGAAUCCAUGCUCGUGGCAUGAAGUAUAUUGUCAUUAUUGAUCCCGGGAUAGGUGUCAAUUCCUCUUACGGCACCUACCAACGAGGCCUUGCAAAAGACGUUUUUAUCAAGUACGAGGGUAAGCCGUAUCUUGCCCAGGUCUGGCCCGGGGCGGUCAACUUUCCGGAUUUCCUAAACCCUGCCACUGUUUCAUGGUGGGGAGAUGAGGUCCGGCGGUUUCAUGAGCUUGUACCGGUGGAUGGUCUAUGGAUUGACAUGAAUGAGGCUUCCAAUUUCUGUUCAGGAUUGUGCACGAUUCCGAAAGGAAAGUGUCCAACAGGCACUGGGCCGGGUUGGAUUUGUUGUUUGGAUUGUAAGAAUAUAACGAAAACGAGAUGGGAUGAUCCACCGUAUAAGAUUAAUGCGUCCGGGACCCACGUCCCAAUCGGGUACAAGACGAUAGCCACGAGCGCAGUUCAUUAUAAUGGGGUCCGUGAGUACGAUGCUCAUAGCAUGUACGGGUUCUCGCAUGCUAUCGCAACUCACAAGGCGCUUCAAGGGCUCGAAGGAAAGCGACCAUUUAUCUUGUCACGGUCCACAUUUGUUGGAUCGGGUCGGUACACGGCUCAUUGGACCGGUGACAACCAAGGGACGUGGAAUGAUAUCAAGUAUUCCAUCUCUACCAUGUUGAAUUUCGGGAUUUUCGGUAUUCCGAUGGUCGGGUCAGAUAUUUGCGGGUUUUAUCCGCAACCAACUGAAGAGCUCUGCAACCGUUGGAUUGAGCUCGGUGCUUUUUACCCGUUUUCAAGAGACCAUGCCAACUACUAUUCUCCAAGACAAGAGCUUUACCAAUGGGAAACCGUAGCGAAAUCGGCUCGUAAUGCCUUAGGUAUGCGGUACAAGCUGCUUCCUUACUUGUACACGUUGACUUACGAGGCACAUACCACCGGUGCACCCAUCGCGCGUCCUCUGUUUUUCUCGUUCCCAAACAUCAAAGAACUGUAUGGAUUGAGCACACAGUUCUUGCUUGGUGAGAGUCUAAUGGUCUCACCGGUUCUUGACCAGGGUCAAACCAACGUGUCAGCCAUGUUCCCUCCUGGAACAUGGUACUCGCUGUUCGACCCUAGUCAAGCAAUCGUUGCAAAACAACUCCAAACCGUCACCUUGGAUGCUCCCUUGCACGUGAUCAAUGUCCAUCUAUAUCAAAACACCAUUCUUCCAAUGCAAAGGGGAGGAAUGAUAUCAAAAGAUGCAAGAAUGACACCAUUUACCCUUAUCGUAACUUUUCCGGCCGGGGCCACAGAAGCAAAAGCAAACGGAAAACUUUACGUCGAUAACGAUGAGCUUCCCGAGAUGACACUGGGGAACGGUCAAUCUACUUACGUUGACUUCAGCGCUACGGCCUCGAAAAAUAUGGCGAAGGUGUGGUCGGAUGUGGAGGAGAGUAAGUUUGCUCUCGAGAAAGGUUGGGUGAUCGAGAAAAUUACUGUUUUGGGGUUAAGUGGCAUCGGAGGAGAGUUUGCGAUCGAGGUGGAGGGCAAUUCGGGGAUUUUGGAUGUGUCGAAAGUGGAGUUGGUGGAAACGGAGCAUAAGUUUUUGGAUGGUUUGAAGAAGGAAGGGGAAGGGGCGGAGAAGAAGAGCGUGAUGGUGGAAGUUGGAGGGUUGCGUUUACCAGUUGGUAAGAAAUUUACAAUGUCGUGGAGAAUGGGAAUUAGUUAGAAGUUGAGGGGUUUGUUUUGCCAAUUCUGCAAUCUUUGGUCCUUUUUAGGGAGUUUGAUGAGAAGAGAGGGGCCAAAAUCCAGCGCUUCCUCCUUUUUGCUUCGAAUUUGGUGGAAUAAUAAGACGAGUUAGUUUAAGUUUAGGUUUUCUAGAAAAUCAAGUGUUUUUUAAUUGUUUCUAGUCGAUUCUUAGUUAUUAAUGAGAUUGGUAACUCUUUUUAGCUCUAAGUGUUUUAAAUAUUUUACUUAAUUAGUAAAUUUUAUCCUCUAA